GUACAGCGCACAGCGUACCUGCUUCGUUCGCAACAAAUGGAUCAGCUUCCUAAACUCAAAGGAAUUACUUCGAAGAAAGAGCGUCGAUUAUAUCAAAACGCAGACGUGCUGGGAGUGUGUCUCGUGGCAAAACAUGCCGCUAGUACUGGACGCCACACAGGGCUGCGUACUGGAAGCGUAGUACGUGGUUUGUACGAUUACAGCAAAAAGAAGAUAUUUUUAGUUACAAGCGAAAAGAUCGUCCGAGAGGAAGAACUGGAAGACCUGAAGAGGAGAAAGAACCUGUUGAACGCGAGCGAUUAUACCUUGUACUUCUUAUCAAGUAGUGAUCCUCAUUCGCACAGCGAGCAGCCGAAAACUUAUCAGCUGCAGGAUGUAACUAAUCUGACUAACUCGGAGGAAAAAGUAAUUUUCAAUUUCGGUCUGGUAAUCAUUCCUAUUGCUUCUGAGAAACUGAGUGAAAACUCUGGCCUAAAAAAAGUUCGACCUUUUGCAGCCAAUAAAGACGUAACCGGGCUAAAAGACCUAAACGAUUCAAUCUGUCAAAUUGUAGAGGGAAGCACUAAAAGUAUUGAUGUGAAAUCGUACAAGAUCGAAUUCAUUGACAAUGAAUGUGCUCUAUCUCUCCCAGAAAAGGAAACUACCCAUCGUUAUAAGAAUUGGACAGAACUUACUGCAGAUGGGGCCAUAACCAAUCUUCACCCCUAUGGAGCUGUCAUCUUAAAGAGUGGCCGUGCUGUUGCUGUUCUCAACUUCGUGGAUGGUAAAAUUUCUCCAGUGUGUCUGUCAGAAGUGCAGUUCUCUGGUAAGUAUGAUACGAAUGAUAUAAACAAUAUGACAAUCUGCCCAAGCUGCUAGGAAGUAGGGCAGUACUUAGGGUGUAACUUAUUGUGUCAAUGAUUCGGUUUGCUGUUCCAUUUUAUUCUGUCUCAUCCUUGGAGACCCAGGGGCAGUCAGUCAGGCCGGGAGAAAAGGCAUAAUGAAAGUUUUCAAGCACUGAUGGAAGAGCCCCUGGGUACCGACUCUCACUGGACCAUUUCCAAACGGUCAAGUGAAUGCUGGCUCCUGAUUGAGCAUAAAAAAUGCUUUGUAUUAUUGUGCCCAAUCAGCGAACAGUUUCUCCUGAGUUCUUUUCGUGAGCUUGUACACGACGGCUAUUAUCUCGCCACAGUUGUUCUACCGAUAAGUCGAAAAACAUUUCGGAUGCUAUCAGCAGGAGCAAUUCAAUUUGCACUGAGAAAAUUCUGUUUCUGACAAAUCACAAUGUACUAUCGCAAAUAAUAGAAAGUUUAAGAUGCAGCGGCCACAAGAAAGUACAAAAAGCAAUAGCUUGACAAGGCAAAACAACAACUUUGCAUGUGCAUCACGCUUUUUUGUACAUUUCUUUGCCGUCACUGCACGACUACCAUGUGAAAAUGCCUAAUUAUCACUUUUUGUGAAGGACAAAAACAAGCAAUGAGACUGGAUAUGGUUGAUAGAAAUUCAGCUCCAGAAGAGUUCGCUUGCAUUUGACAAAGUAAGCAAGUUGAAAUAACCAUUAUAGAGACUGAAAAAAUGUGAAUUCACUUUUCAUGCGAUGUUUUCGUGGCUGUCAGCUGUCGUGUGAUCGUAAACUCCCUAAUAUUUAUGAAGGCAUGAUCAAUGCAAGCGUGAAUACCUGUUGUGAGCUCAAGCUUGUAUUUUUGGAAAAGUGUCUUUAAUUUUUGGGUAGACAAUAUUUUGAAAUGGAGAGUUUGCAUUUCUCUGGUGCAUGAGCCAGACCAGCCAUGAUUGAGCUAAUAGCUGUCGUGUAUGAACUCACGAGAAGAACUCAGGAGAUGCUGUUCACUGAUUGGGCACAAUAAUACAAAGUGUUUUUUGUGUCCAGUCAGGAGCCAGUAUUCGCUUGACCGUUUGGAAAUGCUCCAGUGAGAGUUGGUGCUUGAAAACUUUCGUCAUGCCUUUUCUCCCGGCCUGACUGACCACCCCUGAUUCUCCAAGGAUGAUUCUGUCUAAGAUUGUGGGCCAGCUUUCUCCUUAUAAACAAUUUGGUCCACCCAGCCUGGUAGCCUGAAUUUCAGCCACCUCCUUGAGUUGUGAGAAAGACAUCUGAAUCAACAAGCCACUAAUGCCUUCCAGUGACGUCACUACUCCUUUGCUUUAACUCAUGCAAAUUUCAACCGGCAAACAAAGAAAAUUUCUUAAUAUUGUCCAGAAAGGUCUACGUGGUACAGAAUUGUGUUACUCUUAAAUUGUAAUUCAUGUUAAACAUUCAAACGGUUAACUGCAUGCAGUAUUCUGAAUGAAUCUUCUGCUUGUAUAGUGCCAUAAUUCAAUAAUCAAACUCGAUUGUGGCUAUGCAAGAAUGAAAUACAGUUGACUCCCGAUAAUUCAACCCCUCGCUAACUCGAACCUCACGCUAACUUGAACCAAAAUCGAUUUCCCUUGGAUUUCUGUCAUACUCGAACCCUCGAUAACUCGAAUCUCCCACUAACUCAAAGUAAUUUUUGUUUCCCCUAUACUAGUUAUAGCUAUCGCUGAGUGCCAACGAGCAAAGAUUUUACCUAUAUGUGUGCUGUUGAAUUUGUCUAGAAAUGUCGUGAAAUACAGUAAUAGAUGAAAAUAGAUUGAACUUAAUUCGAUUGCAUUGAAAAGAGUGCAAACUUAAAGCAAGGGGCACACAUACACCAACCCAUGGCGGGGCCAGUACCUCAUGCAUGCGCACAGCCACAUCACGCAGGCAGUGGCAGGUGGUAAAGCCGUUGCCGUUGGAGUAAUGAACAGGGAAAACCCAUGUCUCCAAAACCCUUACUGCCGAGGUGAGUGCAAAGCAGUUUAUCAAGCGCUAGCUCCACACAACACAUGUGGGAGCUGUUGGCUGGGAACCGUACAGCAGUUCUACCACGACAUGCGCGGGGAAGGUGGAUCACGAGUUACCAGUAAAUUAAAGCAAGGGGCACACAUACACCAACCCACAGCCUUGCCAUUACCUCACGCUCACGCAUGGCACAGCCAUAUCACAUGGGCAGUGGAAGCCAUGGACAGCUGUUUUGCUCUUACAGGGGCUCAUCAGCAUGGCAUAGCCGUCAGUCAGUGACCGGGGAAGACCUGUGUGUAAAAGACCCUUUCCUGCUGAGGCGAGUCCUUUAAGUGCCAGCUCCACACAACAAAUGUGGGAGAUUUUGGCUGGGAACUGCAUGGCAGUUCUCCCACAACAUGCGCGGGGAAUUAAGGCGGAUCAUAGGUUUGGUGUAUGUGUGUCCCUUGCUUUAAUUUGUCUUUUGAAAAUAGUGAACUAAACUGUUCUACUGCAUAAAGAAUUUGAAGUCCCGACUUUAUGCGGCAAAUUUUUCAAGGUAUUGUCGUUUUGCGUAAAAUUAAGUGGUGUUAUUAGCAAACUUAAAAUCCUCGAAAAAUCAUAUUAAAGUCCGCGAAUAUUCAACGUACAGACUUAUAUUUGGUCUCUUUUUAAAGUUAAGAAAAUUUAUGGUGCACCAAUUCAAUGAAGCCUUUUGAAUUAUUUUGUUUUUUUUUAGCGGCAUGCAAUAAAAAAUUCCAGCGGUCAAAUGCGACAGAUACCGCGUGGGAUGGAAAUGAUCCACCCAACGAUUGGUUGAAGCUAGAAUUUCUCAUAAUUAUAUCUGGACAAUCAACCAACUGAAAUCACUAUCUGGUUUUUGGGGUGGUGAUGUCACUGGACUGCAUCAGUGGCUCAUUGAUUCAGAAAACUUUCAUGGGAGUUAGCGACUUGAGGAGAUAGUUGAAAUUCAGGCUACCAGCUGGGUCAAUCAACUUGCUCAAGACGAGAAUAUCAGAGUAUGUGCGAGUGCUGUGUAAGAUAAUCAGAGAAUGUGCUAGAGCUGUUUGCUCUGGCACAGGGGUAAACUUUUUUCCCAUAUAAAUACUUGCUAAAUUUGAGUCAGCUGAGAGGCCGAGCCUUCUACCCAGGCAACCUUUUUGAACCUCUAUUAUUAAGCAUUUUGCCCUUCAUUACCAGAAAAUAGAUUUUCAUUAGCAUCAAAAAUUAGACUGUAAAAUGGGUAUGUAUUCAUUUCAGAAAAAUAAACUAUUAUCCUAAUUUUCCUGUGGUCAAUAAAGGCAAACAUUAUUUUAGUGUCAACAAUUAGUUUCAAGUUUAUGGAAAUGACAAUCUGUCAAUGCAAGAGAAUAGAGAAACAUUCACAGCAUCUUAAUAUUCUUUAACAUUAAUUUUCAGUGUACAUUCAUUAAUCAUAACUGCAACACAAUGCUCUAAUCUGAUUGGCUAUCAGCAGCCCAGAUUUCAGCAUUAAAUAAAAGGACAAUGUAGUUUAAUGGACAGUUAAUACGCACCAUCCCACGCAUGUUCUCGAAUAGCUAGAUUUUCUGUUUUCGUGUGUAGCAAAAAUCUCCUGGAAGAUUUUGAGAUUUUUUUAAAAAAGCUUAAAAUAAUUAUCACAAAAUUAUUUUGUUAUAGUUAUGAUUAAUUGGUAACAGAACCUCAUGUCAUCAGAAAUAUACUUAUGAUUAAAAAAAGUUGCACUCCAGCUACACAGUCAUCUAACUUUGUUGGUCACUUGUAUGAUUAGUAUGUGUAAUCAAAUGGUGAAAAUGGUGUCCAAAAGGCUCGGGAAAUUAUAAGGAUUUGGAUAAAAUGCAAGUGAAAUUAUUCCCUAACUUCACGAGUAUACCAUUUGACUACCUAUUAAUAUCAUGGGUGAGGAAUUAUGUUAGCAAUCUUGGAUUUUUGACACGUUUAUCCUGGAUCAUAUCAAUCGAGAACUCCACUCUCUCAAACGUUUAGAGCUUAAAAUUUGGCUUAAGUUCAGAGUUUUUCGACACAAUGCCUGUUAGAAUCCUUCUUGAUGUGCUGUUUUGUGUGUUCAGGUUUUCUAAAGCGUCUUUUUAUGCCCUGGCAUCUUCAUUCAUGACAUUUUAAAUCUUUGUUGCCAUCUUGACACUGAGACGUAUGGAAGGUUGCCAUGGCUAUGUAAUUGCAGAUUAUCCCUGAAAUUUCGUGCCAAAAUUAAGGAGUAAUUCGUAUGAUAUUAAAGACCAAAUUAGACACUACUCUAAGGCUGUGCUCUAAGGAAAAUUGAAGGAAGCCCAAUUCUCUGAACCUGUAAAAUCCAGGGUGCUCAGCAUAUGAUUUGGCUGAAAAAACUAAGAUUUCCUAGUUGCCUGAGAGCAAAAGUUAGGCAUCAGGGGCCACCGGGCUCCAGCUAGAACACUACCCGGCACUCCCUCCCUGUUAUUAACAACAGAGAUGGUGUUGUCCACAAAGCUCAUGCUUUAUUCUUUCCAUUUAAGAGGGGGAGCAAGCUUAUUUUCCUGAUGCUGUGAUUGACCAUUUUUGGUGUCCAGGAAUCGUGAUCUACUGAAAAACUGUUCUGUGAGUGGUGACUGAAGUGCACUACGUGAAACCUGAGCUGCCAAAAACCUUGAUUGUUUACACUUACAUUGAAGAUCAAUGGAAGAAAAUACAUCGUUAAUUUGGCCAAACGACCUUAACUAACUUCUGGUGGCUUGAUUUAACUUCACUUUUGAGUCUUUUGCAGUGGCUGAUCUAGGGGAGGGGCCUGGAGGACCCAGCCCCCCCCCCUUAUUUUUAGACCAAACUGAGGCCUGAAGGGCUGAAAAAAAUUUUUUGGACACCGGCCCCCCUCCCCCCCUUAUCUCAGGUUCUGGAUGACCAGGUCCCCCCCUUAAAUGAAAGUCUGGAUCUGCCACUGUUUUGAUAUAACUUCACACUUCAGUGUGCUCAGACCCACCUAUAGCUGGCUUCCCUAGGGAAUUUAUAACCCCUUUGUGUUUUUUGUAAGGUUUGUAAAACGCUAGUUAACUUGCUAAAAUAUAAUUGAAGCACUCUGUUUUACAAAAUCGGAUCAACAUAACAUUUUUGACAUUUUGUACGACCUCUAUUUUUGAAAAGCGUGAAAACGUAAAUAUUUGUUUCGGGACUCAUGAAACCCAAAAUUGUUGUUGGGGAACUCGAGAUUAAAUCCCCCCUUGCCCCCUCAUUUAAAAAUGAUGGUAUUUAGGUUUACCUGUUAAUGAACCAACACAACUGGGAGCAAUUUCUUGCUAAAUUAUUGCAUUUAUUAGUAUUUUCUAGUCACUGUACCACCAAUAAUGGUGGCAUAGUUGUUGCUUAAACUUUGGAAGUGAUUAUUGCCCCAAAACAAUCCAGCCACCUUUAACACAACAGCUGACUAAAAACCACCCAUCACACAGGCUGAGAUGCAAUAUUGAAGCAAUUUUUAAAUAGAAUACCUGGUCUCUUAAUUGUUUUUUAACUUAACUUCUCUUAGAAUAAGGCACAUGAAAAGCAAAAGGGUCCAUUCAUACUCAUACAAUUACCUGAAAUUAAAAGGCUGGGUGACUAAAAUCUUCCUGCAGUAUUAGUUUUCUCAAAAAAAAAUUAAUCGUCAGCUAAAGCCACCACCAAGGGUGCUUAUUAAAGGUUGGCCGUUUAAUUUACAGAGGUUCUGUUUAUGGUGAUUUUCUCGCAUUUUGUUCACUCAUGGGUCAUUGGUAACUAGCUGCUAGUAAACAGUCAGGGUGGCCACUCAGUACACCUUUUGCCCUUCAUUAACAGGAAGUAAACUUUCAUUUUUGUGAAAAUAUUGGUCAAUAGAAUUAAUGUAUAAACAGUUAACCUAAGGAAGCAAUCAUUUCAGUUUGUAACACAGUCACUAAGGACUUUAGCCUUAGAUACAUGUAUUCAUAAUUUACGGUUAAUUUCUAUAGUGUUUUAUUAUUGACAACAAGAACAUUUCUUUUUAGCAAAUGAAGGUUCAUUUUCCUUUGGUUAAAAUUCAUUCAUACAAAGAAUAUCAAUAACAAUUAAAUAUUUAUGAGCAGUUUUAUUCCAAGUUCCCAUUGACUUUGAGGUUAUAUGCUUUAACUGGGAACAAAGUUUUACAUCUCCAAACUUGUAUUGCAAAAACAGCACAGAGUAUGUCACAAUCGUUUCAUUCCAAGGCUUGCACACAAACAAGCAUGCAGUGUACAUCGUACAAUUUACAUUUUAUGGACGGGGAUCAUGAAAAACUUGCUGGGAUCGCCUGCUUUAUCCUGCAAGAAAAGAUCUUAUUUUGGCCAUGUAAUAAAUCCUUUAUUAAUUGUGCCUGUCCAAGCUUGUUUGGUCAAGAUGGCUGGGUAUAUAUUGGCCUCAUUUUUUUUAAGUGGACCUUCCCUUCAUCUCUGUCCAUAAAAGCACUGAGUGUUUUUGAGUGUUAAAAGUUUAUUGUCGUGGUAAUGAACUCCAUAGAAGUUACAAAUUAAAUUUAUUAAAAAUUCAAACAUACAUGUACAGACAAACAUCCUCUGCUUGCAUAUAGAAUGGAAACAAUAGCUAGGGCUUGAUCAAUAUCCAGCCAUCUUAGCCUCAUGCUUGGUCAAUAAUAUAUGUACUGUAUAUUUAUAAUAAUAUUAUUUUAUGUAUUUCUCUUCUAAGGUAAGACAAAUGUGAUGCACCCUUUAUAUUUUGUUGGUGUAUAACAGAAGGUCUUGGUGCAAGGAAAAAGCUGGGCUUAAGUGAUUGGUUUUGCUGAAAGUGAAAAAUUGCUCAAAAAUUGCAGAAUUCUUGCAUGUGAGCAUUAUUUCAAUCACCAAGGAGCAUAUUCUUUUUUUGAAACAAAAUGGUGGCACUGAGUCAAUUCCAAAUUUCAGUCUGUUCCCAUAAUGCAGUGCAGGCAUUGAAACUCAAAGCAAAUCAUGAUGCAUGGGACUAGUUAGCAUGUUUCGGAAAAACUGCCAAACUAAGCUUUGAAACUAAUAUUUUGUUUGUUCAUUUGAAGCUUGCUCUAGAGAAGUGCUGUUCUUUGUAAAAUAAUGCAUAGUUAAGUGCCAUUGUUGUGGUCCUAUACUCAAAGUAUUAAGGAACUUCUUGCAUACAUGAGAGAGGUUUGUCUUUAGUUUUUCAACUCUGUUAUUUUUAUGAAACAAGUACAGUGUAUGAGGCAUAUUGUGCGUUUUCAGUGAAUGUAGUCAGUGCUCCUAGCAAACUGAAUACUACUUUCAGAAACUGUACGCUUUCUGUUCAGAGAUCUGGAUAUCUUUUCAUUUUACUCUGACUCUCAGCUUAAAAUUUCCCAUUGCAAGAACCUGUGGACAAAUUUGGUGAUUUGAAUUUAGUAACUUUUUAUUUCGAACAAAAUUUUCACUUAAGCGUCUUUUUCCGCCAAGCACUUGUAGUCAGUUACUGUUACUUAAACAGCACCUGCAUAGACGAGGGAUAUUUUAAGGACAGUUAUUCUCUCCGGCCUUGCUGAAAAAUAGUUAAAGCCUUGUAAUUGAAUGAUCAUCAAAAAGAGAAAAAAAAAUUCUGCUAAAUACAUAUAAAUGUUAAGUAAAAUGAUAAAAAUGGUGACUAUAUUUCACUCAUGCCUUUUUUUCUGCAGAGGCCACUAGCAGUAAGGAAACCUUGGCUGAAGGAACUAAAGAGUCUAAGAAGAAGGAUGAUAUUUCCUCUGGUAGGUGUAACAAUGGGCAACAAUGUUGAUUAUUUUGCAGUUGAAUAGCUAUCCUUAGAAAUUUUUGCUUGUUAAUCAAGUCAGUGUAUUAACCUGAAUGCAGUAUGUAAAUUUAAAGGGCCUGUUAUAUGUGGUUGUGGAGAACUUUGGUUUUCAAUCUGAGAGUACAAUUUUCAAAGAACUUUUGGUGAGGUAUUGUUCCAUUCCACAAACCGUUAGCUUUGGGUAUGUGUAUUGUAUGUAUAUAUUACCUGAUUGAAAAAAAAAUCGUCGCUUAUACAUUCAUUAGCAAAGCAAAUCAAAGUUCUUUCCACAAAAGGUUACAUUGUCACAAGCUGCUCAUGUGGACGUAAAUCCCAAGGGUACUUUGUUAAAGACAUGCCGUUGUCUUUUUAUGUCUUCCAAGAAAGCUUUUCGGUCCUAUCCUCAUGAUUUUUAAGUGUGUGUUAGCGAUAUGGCUACGCUCUUUAACUGUAAAGAUCUCUGAUGUGCCCUGCCCAGGUGACGUUGUGGGCUUAUCAGCAAGAAAACUGGGAACCGUCUGACCUGUUUUUUGAAAUGCAACCUCAAGAAAAGCAUCAAUAAUGUAACCUUUUCUGGAAAGAACUUGAAAUUUGCAAUGCUAAUAAAGUUUUACCCGUAAAUCCAUUAGGUCCUAUCGUUCAUGGUUUAUAUGCAACCUUGCUCCCAGGGUUCUCUCCUACCUGUCAAAAAAAAGUUCUGUUUACAGUAUACAAGAAAUUCAGUGUCAGGUUUUCACAACAUGCAGUUGACUCCCCCGAUAACCCGAACCCUCGCUAACUCGAACCAAAAUCUGCUUCCCCUGGAUUUCCGUUAUACAUUUACUGUAAUUUUACCCUCGGUAACGCAAACCCUCGAUAACUCGAACCUCCCACUAACUCGAAGUAGUCCCCCCCCCAGAUAAUUUCUAUACAAUUUUACCCUCGAUAACUCGAACCAUGUUUUGAGCCCUUAAAAAGUCUGAAAAAACAGUCUACUGGCGUGCGAAACAUUGAAUUUUGAAUUUCCCAUUGACGUGUUGUAGGCAUAUAGUUUACUAGUGGAGGCUGAUUUUGUUUGUCACAAAUCUAACGUGAAACAGUCUUGAAAUUUCAAGGAGUUGCAGUGGAUCAAUCUUGAUGAAAGUUUCAGACAUUAUUAUAUACAUUAUGAAGAUUAUAUGAAGAGGUUUUAGAAAAAUUCGUUCGAGUCGUUUCAGAGAUAUACAAAAAAGCGCUAAAAGUCCAAAUUUUGAAUGAAGUUGCACUAAGACAGGUGGUGAGAAAACGGGUUAGUUUUUAAGAUCGCAAAAAAUACACCAAAUUUCCUAGCAUCGAAGUAUGAUAUUAAGCAGCAUUCUGACGCUACUUAAGAAUAAUUUGUGUGAUUUAGAACGUUUUUAUUAAAUAAUCUAUCUCGGCUAUUGAAAAUGUAAGGUUUGAAAUAUAUUUUCGUUUUAGUCGAAUUCAAACAUACAGAAUUUUUUACUUCUUACGGAGGUUAUUCUCUAAACACCAAACCUUAAGUUCCUGGUGUUGGAUCUUCAGUAGCUGGUCUAGAUCGCGUAAAAUGAGGCGUUUAUCAAUUUCAAAGUUUCUUGUUUAUUGUUGUCAUAGUAAUAUCGAUUUUACUAAAACCUACAUUUUGACAAAUUUCAAUCUAUAGUCAAUCAUUGGUGAAAAUUUUAUAGCGAUCAGACAAAGAAAAAAAAACACUUUUAAGGAGACUGAAAAAUAUCGGUAUGACCUCUGAAAAACUGUAUCGAAACACCUUAACUGUGAUUAAAAUGUUCACUGUGCAGUAAAAACUGUUUUUUUCCUUACUCCCGGCUAUUUUCUUCGAGGUCCCGAUAAGUCGAACUUUUUUCGAUUUCCCUUUGAGGUUCGAGUUAUCAGGAGUCGACUGUACUUAAAAGUAUUGUGUGAAAAUGGGGGGAGGUAUUUGCUUUCUUUCGGAUGGAAUUUUUCUGGUGCAGCUUGGGACAAACCCUGCUUUUGUUGUAAAUGUAAAACAAAAGUCUGCAAAGAAGCGAUGUCGCUCUGAAUACAUAUGAAGACAUAUUUCAACAAGUAUGCCCAUGCAAGUUGGAAAGAGUUAUCUUUGACACUGUAUGCCUUUGCAUAGCAAAUUGUAAGAAAAGUUUAUUAUGAAGCCCCACACACAAACCGGUUCCCUGGGCAGCACAAGAUACUUUGUUAUGAUUAGUCAAAUGUUUUCUAUUGGUUGAAACCUUCUGGGGUAAAUCAAAGCUGUAUGUGCACAUUAUUCUGACUCAGACCCCUUGUUUCCCUUAUGUUUAGGUGCUGACCUUUUUUUAAUUUGUGUUUCUGUAGACACUAAGCUUAGCAAACAGACUGUAUGUUUGGAUCUGAAUUCAGAUGCAGGUAAAAUUAAUGAAAGUUAUUCAAACGUUUCUUUGAUAAAUGUGUCGUAAAGAGCGAGGGAAGCAAACAAGACCCUGCUGAUAGUUGCUACUAAAGAGGAUUUAUACAUGUAAUGGCAAUGACAUUCAAAAAGAUGUUUAGAAAUAAAUUAUUUGUCACAUAUUUUGUAACGAAAUAAUCCUUCAUCCAGCUAGUGAUCAAAUCAUUAAUUUUUUCAUUUUAUUUCAUUUCUUCAGUUCACACAGUGUAUGAUUUCUCACAAGUACAUUUAAUUACAAAGUGCAAAAGUGUUACAAAGUGUGACAGUAUUCUUGUUUCAUAAAUUAAAAUUGCUACAGAAUACACCUGGGGUUAAGACCUUCUUGAAAUCCAGAACUGAAACUUCUCCAAUUGAAAUUCAGUGCGUAGAAACAUUACUUCCGUUCAAAAUUCCAAUCUGAAGACUGUUCCAUUGAGACAUGCUUGCCAUAUGAUUGCUAUGCUGUAUGGCAAAUUUGGAGAGAAUAAUAAAAAUAUUAAAGAACAUGCCUAGCUGCCUUUUUUAAUGUCAAUGAGACUUAGGGUGCGUGUUUUAGGGAAAAUCCAGAUCCGGAUUUUCGAAUCCAAAAACCGAUUGUGCGUUUAUUUGGUCAAAUCCCAAAACGGAUCAUGAAUCCAUAAAAUCCGUGACACUCGAGGUGGAUUCUUCAGAUCAAAUCUAAACCAGGAUUUUUGGGGUAGGAUUUGAAAAAAGUCUUUUUGACAAGUGAUUUUCCGAACGAUGGUGACCCCUUUUUUCCAUUACUUAUAUAUCAUUCCAUUUUUUGUCAUCUUUUUUGUCAGCUCGUAGACCGUUUUAGCCCCUUACUUGUCAUUUUUUCGUACUUUUGUAGCGUCUGCUUACGGAUAUUUUCCUUGUAAAUGGAAAAAAAAAUCAAGUUAUCGGCGUCACUUUUAAAUUCUUAGAAUUUUAUGAUCCUAACGUGUAUUUCAUUUUGUUUUAGCCCCGGACAAACGUUUGUGUUUCAAACCAAAAUAUAUAUAUAUCUCAUAUAUCCAUAUGUAAUUUACGUAGCUUUUUCUUCUUCUCUUCGCCCCGAGGAUCAGUGUGGAUUUGUAUAUGUUUCUUCUGUUUUUCUCAACACGAGGAACACAGGAACGUGAUGUUGUCAUGGCAAAUGAUCCUUUGUCGGAUCCUCCUUUUUGUAGUAGUGAAGAAUCCUUAUGAUCUGAGAUCAUAAAUCCGUGUUUGGAUUCUCCCAGUAAAAACGCACCCUUAACUCACGUUGGUCGUAUCAUCGACUAACAAUUAAAAUGUAUUUACAAGAGACAUUUAAUUCCUAUUUAAUACAGAGUUGCUUGUUGACCAGUAAAUAAAAUGCUGAAGUCUUUUCACAUUCUCACAAUUUUUUUUGGAUAAAAUUGAAUCUGUAGCACAUUGCAAUUUUUACCUGGCAUUACAGCCUCUUUUGAAAUAAUUCAGUCUUAAACAAAUUAAUCGUUCUUUUGUCACCAAAGAGAAGAGAAAGGUAAUUGUUCUUAAUGCCUAGUAAAAAAGAUGAUUUACUGACGGUUUUCUUUUCUGUAGAGUCAAGUAAGAGCAGCUUGGCUGAAGGGGAAUCGAAAAACGGAGAUGCAAUUUCUCCCGUAAUUAGUACAAAAGAUGGUAAAUCAUCUAGAGACGGAAAGCCAGAUCAAAGUGAGAGUGCCAACGGAGUUGAAGCACAAUUGGGAGGGAGUAGAGCUGGCUGUAUCAAGAAAAUUGACCCAUAUGAGGGAACUGGUGCCAUUCCAAAGAGACCCAAGCAAGGCAACAGCAGCAAGCCAGAGACUUCUAGCAGUAAGGAAACCUUGUCUGAAGAAACUGAUGAAUCUAAGGAGAAGAGUGAUAUUUUUUCAAAGGGUGAAAUAGUACCUGUUCAAGGUGAGCGUGAUAACAACGUUGAUUUGUAUUGUAAAACACAAGGAAAAAACAACAAGAACCACUGCCUGGGUUUAGUCUUAGGAGCCGACGAAUUCUAAGAAAAAAGUUACUAUUUCACUGACUGUCUUUCCUGCAGAGUCUGCUGGCUUGAUUGAAGGUAGUCAAGACGCUGACGAAGCCGCAGGGGAGAGUGGAGCUGACUGGAAAGCGCCAACUGGUACUGAGAAGAAUGACCUGUUUUUCUUUUUAGUUCAAAUGCCGUAAGACUGGGUUCUUAUCGCAACAAGCGUAAGCGGGGGAGUAUCAAAACCUUCUUUUCUUCUUGUGCUUACACUUUAUAUCUCAAUGCUUUUUCCAGUGAGGAUACAGGGCUCGAAAAACACUUACAAGUUUUCCUUUCGACUAGCAGUUCUUACAUUUUUCUUGCCUAGGACCACUGCUUGUGUGUCUUAGUUUAUGAUUUAGUUACAAGAUGACUUAUCUUUUGGGCAAGUGAGUUUUCAAAACUACUUGCCCAGCAAAAAAAAUCUUCUUGUCCCGGACUACCGCACGAGAGCCUGGAUCAACCUCAGUGGACAUAUUAGUCAUACAUGAAAUCUACUGCUGAUUAUUAUACCAAAAUAUAAAACGUAGUUAAGGAGCACUGUCACGAGAUAUGGAAAACCUAAUGAUGUGCUUGCAACAAUGAAAACAGUAGUAAAUUAUUCCUAUAUUGUUGGCAAGUUUUUACAAUUGCCGUGAAAUUAUUUACGGUUGUCUUUUGCCCUAAACAAAGACAAGGAAACGGAUUGAAACUUGAAAUAAUCGGCAUAGCAUUCUUGUGUUGUCAUUUUCUGUUACAAAUUGCGAAAAGUAUCCUUGUGCUGUCAUCAAUUCCUUUGAUUACUGUCCUUCGUUGCGCAUGUCGUGACUUCAUAUCGAUUAAAAUGUCCAAGGUACGUUUUCCUUGUGGCGGCGCACAUCUUUUCUUAAACUUUACUCUCGUCUAAAUCUAAAUCAACUCUUGCACUCGCUGAUAUUAGUUAAAUUUUGCUUAGUGUAAAGGAUAGGAACUGUAACCAAAUGAAAAAUUAGCUGGUACAUGUGACUUUUUCUAUUGCUGUGGACUGUGGCAAUCAUCCCAAUCAACUUUUCUUUUACAAAUCAGACGGCCUGGUACAGCAGAUUCCUGUACUAAUGUAAGGUGUUUGGGUCAAAUUGUCUCAGUACUUAGCGAAAGCCUUUCUUGAAUUAAGACAUUUAUGGAAACAUCCUUGACUAAAUCCCAGUCCAAGGAAGAAGGAGGUCUGAGUCAGUCAAGGUUGAAAACAGGGAAACCAGCAUGGUUUAAGAUCUGGGGCAAGUUGCAUAAAAGCUAACGUGAAACGUAACCACUAACGUCCGGUGUUCAAUGAAGGGCCAAUUAUUUGAACGAAUUCUUACUCAGAUCAUGGUUUUAGACAUCAGUGGUCCUCGAGAUUUGUCUAUGAAUGGGUUAUUUAAAGUAAUUAAUGUUUUUCCAGUCUGAGCUAUAUGCCCUCUUGACAUUGUUCGCUGACGGUCUUCUUCUCUGUAGAGUCGAGCGAGACCAGCUUGCUUAAAGGUGAAUCGAAAAAAGAAGACGCAAUUACUCCUAGGAGGGCAUUGGAUGGUAAAUUAUCCAGAGACGGAAAGCCAGAUCAAAGUGAGAGUGCCAACGGAGUUGAAGCACAAUUGGGAGGGAGUAGAGCUGGCUGUCUCAAGCAAAUUGACCCAUAUAAGGGAACUGGUGCCAUUCCAAAGAGACCCAAGCAAGGCAACAGCAGCAAGCCAGAGACUUCUAGCAGUAAGGAAACCUUGGUUGAAGGAACUAAUGAAUCUAAAAAGAAGGAUAAUAUUCCUUCAAAGGAUGAAAUAUUACCAAUUCAAGGUGAGCCUGACAACAACGUUGAUUUGAGUAGCCUUAGAUAUUUUUUCUAUUUAAUCGAGUGUCCUUUUUAUCUUGAGGGGACAGUAUAGGCUAUGUAAAAAAAACUCGAAAGUUUACUUUAUGGACUCAUCCACUCUUUUGCCACCAGAAAUUUUGUAUUUUUUGUUGGCUGAUAUUCCCUUAACUGUUACUUGCAAAGAGCUAAAUAUUUAACAGGUUACUAAGCAUAACUGUAGUUAUUAUCAUCGUUGCUACUGUAGAGGAUUUUUACUUUAUAAUGCCAGUGACAUUCAGAGGGAAAAGUGUAUCAAAUAAAGAAGUAAUUCUUAGCUUCAUUCAGCUACUUCUUAGUGUUAAGUUAAUUUGUGCAUUUAUUUCGAGAGGGCAUCAUCGCAGGCUAUUAAUGACUAUCAAAGGAUUUCCUGUCAGUCUUACUGCAGUGACUGCCACAGCAUUGAUAUAAACUAUUCCCUGGUUAAUCGAAAGAUGGUUAACUUUAAACCAGGAUUUAGCCAAAUUUUAAGCCAAAUUUUCCCUUCUAGUAAUAAGUUACUGAUGGUGCUUAUAAAAUAUUGCCGAACCGUUACUCAGAGACCCGGUUAUUUCAACCCCAAAUGACAGUCCUGAGCAAUCUACAAGAAGGCAAAUCGAGUGUUGGGUUAUGAUUUUAAUACUAAUACGUAAAUCGAUCUUCGAGGAAUUUGGCCCAGAGUUUUAUUCGUUAUUGUACAAAAUGCCUUAAAGCUUGGUUCUCACAGGUUCUCUGUGGCUCUGUAGCAACACAAAUGACAUAAGCAAGCAUUAAAGGGUAUCAAAACCUUGAAGUGAUUUAAGUCUUUUUUUGUUGAAAUGAAAUCUAACUCCCUUUUGUCGCAUUCCUCAUGAAUUUUUUGUUGCAGUUUUAACUCUGAUGGUCACAACCGGCCUCAAAUAUCCGGUGUCGAAAAACGUGACAUUGCCAAAUGGAUAUUAGGGGUCAUAUGGGUUUGGUGUACGUGGCAAAAAAUGUCUGUUCCUUCCAAACUCGUAGUUGUAAUAAAAAUAUUACUUUUUGCCUAUUUGUUUCAUUAGCCCUUUUCAUUUUCCAGAUUUUUUUGUAUGUUUUUUGAUCUACAAUGCAGUUACUUCUUAGCUGUCAUUAACCUAUUGUUCAACCAAGUGGAGGUCUGGGUCGUGUAUUGUAAAACACAUGACAAACCAACCUGGUUAAAUGCUUGGCUUUGGUCUUGGGGUCUGCCGGAUUAUAAGGAAAAAGUCACUAUUUCACUGACUGUCUUUACUGUAGAGUCUACUGGCUCGAUUGAAGGUGUUGAGGAAGCUGAUGAAGAAGCAGGGGAGAGAGGAGCUGACUGGAAAGCGUUAACUGGUACUUUGAAGAAUUACCUGUUUUUUUUUUUUUAGUUCGAAUGCUGUAAAACUUGGUUUUCACGGCAGCAGGCGUAAAUGUAAGUACCCUGCAAGCAGUGGUUUCUCCAGGCCGGACGCUACGAUACGAAGGGAGAGAAACCACUGCGAGUAUCCGUCUGCUUCUUUGAUCGAGCCGCCGUCCAGCGCUAUGGACGAAUAAAUUAACUUUAAACAUGUAAAUCCUGUUUGAAAGCAAGUUUAGGCUCUCGCGCAUUUGCUUACCCUUACAUUGCUGCCUUAACGCGAGCCUGCUGUGGAUAUUCAGUAUUUCUUUGGCUUAUUUAUUCCUAUCUACUCAGUUACUUUGUCAAAUGCAGGCGAACCCAAAUGGAGUUGUAUUCCAAGGGACCAUAUCCAAGUUCAAGAGCGAAAAGAAGAAUAAAUUUCGUCGUUGCUUGUUUGCGUUAUCCAUAAAACGCAAAAUUUGGCAUCUUCACGUCGUAGUCGUGCAAAAAUGGCAAAGAAAUGCAAAAAUAAAAGCGUGAUGCACGUGCAAAGUUGGUGUUUUGCUUAUUAAACCUGUUGUUUUGUUGAAGUUCUCGUUGCCGUCUUGUCAUUGGAUAUUCGUAGUCAUCACGUGGACGCGCAUGCUCGAUGGAAAAGUAAACGGUUGCUCGCAGUGGUUUCUUUCCCAUCGAAGCGUAGCGUCCGGCCUGGAGAAACCACUGCUCGCAGGGUAAUUGUUUUAUAGCUCGAUGUUAAAAAUGUGUUGCCAGAAUACAGUCGCAUAUAGGUUAAAUUCUGCCAAGUGUAAAGGAUAGCAACUGUAACCACAUAAAAAGUUAGCUUUUACUUGUGACUUUUUCUAUUGUUGUGGACUGUGGCAAUCAUCCCAACUGUUCUUUUAUAAAUCAAACGGCUUGGUACAGCAGAUACCUGGACUAAUAUAAGGUGUUUGGGUCAAAUUGGGUCUGUACUUAGCGAAAGCCUUUCUUGAAUUAAGAGAUUUAUGGAAACAUCCUUGACUAAAUCCCAGUCCAAGGAAGAAGGAGGUCUGGGUCAGUCAAGAUUGAAAACAGGGAAACCAGCAUGGGUGAAGAUCUGGGGCAAGUUGCAUCUGAAAAGCUAGCGUGAAACGUAACCACUUACGUUCGGUGUUAAAUGAAGGGCCAAUUAUUUUAAACGAAUUCUAACUGUUUUAGACUUCAGUGGUCCUCGAGAUUUGUCUAUGAAUGGGUUAUUUGUAGCCUCCCACGCAGGCGUUUUUAGGGAGCUCGUAUUUCUUCCCUCCCCCUUGGGAGGGAAGAAAUACGAGCUCCCCUAAAAUCGCCUGCGUGGGAGGCUAGGUUAUUUGCAGUAAAUUAAUGUUUUUCCAGUCUGAGCUAUAUGCCUUCUUUACGUUGUUCACUGACGGUCUUCUUCUCUGUAGAGUCAAGUAAGAGCAGCUUGCCUAAUGGUGGAUCGAGAGAAGAAGACGCAAUUUUUUCAGGGAGGAGUACAGUGUUUGGGGAAAUACCAGGUCAAGGUGGUUCAAAGAUAGCCUUUCCAAACCGAAAUAAUGGUGCGAGUGCAUCUGCUGACAAAGGCAAAGGGAAACAACCUAGACAAGAGAACAAGGUUUCCGUUGAAAACGGGAAAUUAAGAGUGGCCCUCAAAGGAUUAUCAGGUAACAAGGAUGAAAAGUAGUGUAGUAAUUUUUUUUCGGCACCCGUCAAUGCCUCAAGGCAGGGGGUUUAAGAUACCACGACGGCUAUAACGGUGAAAACGUCGCUUAAAAGUGUAUUCGCGUUCUUUUAUUCUUUAUCGCGAUUAUUCUAAUUCGCUUACUCUGUCACACAUGUUGGCGAACUCUUCCUUGGGUUGAAGCUGUGCAGUGACCCCCUACGGCCCCCCAAAAAAUUCAUGAAAAUAGGGCGAUUCAUGGGCAAAUUCAGGGCUUGCUUGUGUUUUAUCAGUCUUAUUCACACCACUUGGUGAGGUGAUAUCCAUUAUGAAAUCCUCUUUCCCGUCAACUGUAUUUUGCCGGCAUAUUUGGCUGUAUUUUUCACUUGGGCGUUGUGCUUGACACCGAAAUUUGGGGGUCAUGAUCGAAAAAUGAGCCUUCAGAAAUUUGCAAGGAUGACCAAAAAAGGAUAAAAUGCAUAUAUCUUGCGAUUCUUUUUCAAAUAUACACUGGCGUUCUAAGCACGUAAAAUGCAACUAACAACUGACUUAACGUACUAGACACUACGGCCAGCCAUGAUCUUCUACGUAUUCGGGAAGCGCAGUACGGCCAGUCAAUAAGUUUAAUUAGCAAAUCAACAACUUUGCACUUGCAUCUUAUUGUUUUGUCAACAUUUCUUUGCCAUCACUUCACGACCACGGCGUGCAAAUACCGGCUAACUUUACGUUUUAUUAAGGACGUAAACAAACGAAGACGAACUUUUUUCCUCCAUGCGUUUGCUAACAUUUGACAAAAUAAGCGACUUGUAAUAUCUAUCGCGAAAAAGAAUGCCAAUUCACUUAUAUUAAAAAGCAACGUUUUGACCGCUAUAGCCGUCGUGGUACCUUGAAGGUGAGACAGUGAUUCGUGGCGGGAAAAAAUACUUCCGUUCACCGUACUAGACCCCUCCGUAGUCGUUGCUUAAAGUUCCUAAUAGCCGGGGGCGAUUAUUCGAGGGAAGGCGAUUAAUCGAGAGACGACUAUUAUUCGAGGAAAUAAUGCUGGGCGGGAGAUCGCGGGACCAACACUCAAGGUCUUUACAUAACUGAGCAGAAAGUGCUGCUUUUGUAAUGACAUCUGCAAACGGUUAGACUUGCUAGUCGUCUGGGAUAGGGUCCUGUCUCACAGCACUUUCACUUAUCUGGUUCUUGUGGGAUGUAAAAGAUCCCACACCUCUGUUCGAACCGAGUAGGGAACGUAGACCCUGGUGGUGUGGCCAACCUUUCCUGGGCUGGAUGGGUUAUCUGUAAGGAGAGAUAACCUCAUGAUCCUCCUUCAGGUGUCGUAAUAGCUACCAGUGAACAGUAUACGUAUGUGUGUAUGUAAUGAAAUACUCAAGAAAAGAUGAUUCGGCUAAUUGGCCUGGAACUGAUUUGGCCUUUAAUUUGUCUUCGUCUUCCUUGGGAAACAUUGAGGUUCUCGGGAGACAAACCUCACACUUUUCCUUGAGGGCAGUCAUUAAAUCCUAAUUGUAGCAGCACUUCAGCUUUGUGCAGCAACAGAAAUUAGAACGGUCGCAAUAACUUUCAAAUUCUCUUAAUUACUGGAACAGACCAAAUAUCAGUAUACCCACUUGAUAAAGGUGUUUUCGUACCGCCUUUUUUUUGUUCUAUUCUCAGCCAGUACAUUUAAGAACUGGUUAACUAUUCCGCAGAAGUGCGAAAACCUUUCCUACAUACAGGCAGAUUAUGAUUUAGUUACAAGAUGACUUACCCUUUGGGCAAGUGAGUUUUUAACGUUACUUGCCCAGCAAAACAAGCUGUUACAGUUAGCGAAAGCCUUUCUUGGGUUAAGAGAUUUAUGUAAAACAUCCUUGACUAGAUCCCAAACCACUGGUGGCCCAAGCGUAACAUGAGUUUGUAUGGGAAAUGAAACUUAGACGAAAUAAGUGAACUAAAAGCGAUAAAAGUUAUCAACAAAGUGUAAAUAUUGUUACCUGGUGUCGUUGUCUUUGGUUUAACGAAGUUUCAGCGCGAUUUGAGUGCUUUUACAUCAUCUGACCUGACGGCGUAAUAAUAUUAUUAUUGUUUCAGACACAAGACAGAGUGUAGAGGGCCAUGACGUUGGAAGACUGGAUAAUAACGAUAAUGCCAAAGAGACACAAGACGACAUGAAAAAACCCGUUGAAAAUGAAGAUCUUCAAAAUGGGACAGGUAAAUUAAAAGUGGCUCACAAAGGCUCGUUUGGUAACAAGAAUGAAACACAGUGUAGUGUAAUAAUGUUCUGUAAUUACAUUACAUUUCAUGACACUUGGUGGACUGAUAGUUCCUACAAGGUCAGUGGCUACCCUUUUAAUGGCUUAUCGAUCAAAGGCUCUUAAUACCUCGAGAGGUUUCUAUCGUACAUGGCUUUUAGCGUUUACGAAGUCGUUCGCAUCGCAUGUCAGUCGCGUAGUUGCUUUGUUUACGCCUCGAGAGAAACCUCUGCAGCGAGGAAAAGAAAUAUAUAUCUGUUGAAAAUACUUGUGAAAUGAUUACUCGUCCUAUUUCCGGACAAGUAUUUCCAGACAGCGAAACAUGGAUAUUUUAAUCGCUUUAUCCAAACUAUUUCUCGCUGUUUUGACGAUAUUCUCACAACAAAAGACUGUCUGAGGAGUAAUCUAGGUGAAACUUAACCGCUUUUUAAUUACGAGCUCUUACAGUAAAGCCUGGUUUCCAUAUGAUCGUCCGGAUCGUCCCGAUCGUCCAAGUCGUCUCAAAAAAUGUUCAGACGAUCGGGACGAUCAUAUAGAAACGUUACCCAAACGAUCGCAAACGACCCGGACGACUGAGACGACCUCGAUCGCUUGGAUAGAGUUGAGUUCUAUCCGGACGAUCGGGUCGAUCAUGUAAAUUUGGAAGCGAUCAUAUGGAAACGCUCUCAGACGACUGAGACGAUCGGGACGAUCGAAGGCUAUCCCAGAAGUCAUCACUUUUAUUCCAGUAAUCGAGAAUAAAUUCGGCCCGGAUGUCGCUGAAGCCGAAAAAAUAAGACACAAAUGUUCGCAGCGCGUAUGUGGGUUAUUUGAAAUUAUAAAAAGUCCGUGACAUCAAGUUUUCGAAGAUACUAUGUCUUCGGGGAACUCUUCUAGCUUCUCAAUGCCGCAAAAUCAAGAGAAAAGCAGAUACCAUCAUAUGGAAACGAGGCUUAAAGUAUUUGCAACGUAAUACAACGCCUCGGACUAAUAAGGAGUUAAAGACUAUUAUAAAACAAUUAAUUUUUAGUGCCUUGAAACGCUCGUUGGAGAAAGUCUCACGCGGACAACUUUUUGCACAGAAAUCAGUCAAAAAGGAAUGCGUCUAAGUUGCUCAACUGGAUAAAUCCGGUCUUUAAACUUGUUAGUUACGUACAAUUCUUUAGGUGCCUAACGCCCUGUUUACAAGGAGGAAGGGUAACCCUGGAGCCAGGUUUACCCUAGCAAGACGUGUUUACAAGACAGGUAGGGUUACCCUAGCGCUAGGGUAACCCUACCUGAGUGCAAGGGUUACCCUAGCAAGAGGGUUACCCUACCUGCCUUGUAAACGCUCUGCUAGGGAUACCUCGCCUACCCGGGACAACGUUCCUCCGUCAUGCGUGACCAGUAAUCUUGACAAUUUGAACUGAAUUAUCCAAUUUCUGAGCUAAACUAUAAACAUCUGAACAAUAAAGGGUAUUUUCCGUAUACGAUGAUAAUAUUUUCCCGUGUUUUCGUGAAUUUUAACGUGUUUUCCGUAGAGAACUUUUAAUUUUAUUUUAAAUAUUAGACGUUUCAAAGAAUUACGUCUCGCAUGACGAAACACGUCAACAAAGCUGGUAAAGUUUACCCGGGUGAUAGGGUAACCCUACCUGUGAAAUUUGGUUGUAAACCGGAGCUAUCUUUAACCCGCUUGCUAGGGUAACCCUAGCACAAGGGUAAUCCUCUCUCCUUGUAAACAGGCCCUAAACCGCACCCUCAACGGAAACCACAGAGGACUCGCUGCAGAGGUUUCUCUCGGGGCGUAAACAAACCAACUACGCGAAUGAGAAGCGACGCGAACGGCUUUGUAAAUGCUAAAACUGCCUCUUUACAUCAAUUUAAAAUUUAUUGCAAUUUUAUCUUAAUACUAUCUUAGCCCUAUAUAUACACCUAAAAGACCUUUCACUUGAAAAGCGUAUCCAUUAUUUAAGUGACACCUUUAAAUGUGACCAUUUAAAUAAGUUCGCUACAAAAGGCUUCUUUUCUUUGUAAAAAAUAUUUUUCUCUUAAAUUAAAUGAUGUGAAAUUGGUACCUUUUAGUUUGGAAAAGCUUUGAAACGUUUCAAGGGACAGAGGAAUAGCAAAUUUAGAAAUAUGCGAGAAAGUUCGUUGGAACCUUUAAAGUUAGCCGAGUAAUGUCUGGUAGCUUGAAACAGUCUGCACCUUACUGGACGUUUGGGGCUCGUUCGUUUCCCUUUUUUUUAUAGCGAUAGAAAGUGAUGAAAUCUCCACAACUUGCAAUAAGGCGUAGCUGGAAUAUUAGACAUAGUAUUUGAUAUACGGUGUCGCACGUAAAAGCAUAAAUACUUAUGAAAGAUCUUUAGGUGUGUUAGCAUGUCCUAUCAUUUUCCAGUGAUUCAAUCAAGGUGAAUUGUGUGAGGGCUUUGCAAACCUCACUAUCCACUCCACAGUAAUUUGUAAACCAUUAUAUGCAAAGCGCGAAAGCACUCCUUAUUUGUAUGGAUGCUUCUUCAGAGGUUACAGUUGAGGCUCAAGCCAAAGGCAGAGAUGAUGGUUGUUUUACCAAUAGUGAUGGAAUUAGACCAAGUGGAGCAAUGGCAGGAAAUCGAGCAACCCCUUCCAUAGAGGGACAAGAAUCGCAAAUAAGAAGGAGAAAAUCGGAAACACCACCUGACAGUCCUACGAGUAAGUCAGAUAUUUGUAAACCAAUAAUAUCCGGAGUGGCAUUUCGAUGGCAUUUCUUAAUUUUGGUACAAGCAGUUGGAGUUAACUAGUUUACGCAACAUAUUUGAAAUUUAACGUUACAUUAAUGUGAAACACUGUCAAUCCAGUUUUAUUCAAUUUUUAAUAAACCCUUUGACGACUUGUUAUGCCAAAAGUAAGCCCAUCCCGUCCCCCAUGUAUAAACCAAGACGCCAUAUUGACGUUGACCGGACUUCCUUAUACUUAAGGAUGGUUAGAUAAGUAGAUUCUCACAACAACUUCAGCCAGCAGGCCAAUGUGCUAAGGUCAUCUUAACCCGUGAAAGGAGUGAAACAUAGAAUGUAGAUGAUGAAGGUGAUGAUUUUACAUGGAUGUAACCAGUCACCAUCAUGGACCUGGCAAGAGUAAAUUGAGAUUCAACAGUAUACGGGAAAAUACUAAGACUUUAUCUCCAACUGUAACAAUAAAAAUGUUUUUGACCAAAAUGCCACAACUUUGCAAUACCCCAAGCAAAGUGAAGUUUCUUUGAGGGCCUGGUCGAUUGUCACUUGACGGCUUAAAUUUAGCAGUUAUUGAAUGGGGUUGAGUAGGAUAUGAAGAAUUAUGCAACGAAAGCCGAAUUCAAUAAUUGCUUUAUUAGUCAUUCAAAAUAAUUCCAAUUUUAAAAACUAGCUAAAGCAUGCUUACCUGCGUCGAUGUUAAGUUCAUAUCGAUAAUUCAUCUUUAUCGGGAAGUUUAGGAUAUAAAGGGCUUUUCCGGUCUACAAAUAUACUCUUAAUAGCAGAUGUCGUCCGUCGAGUUGUCUUCUUGCUGUUCCUGCUAUGUUUGAAGACAAUAGUUCGCCGUGAAACGAGUGAAAUGUUCCGCCAUUACUCUCUUUGAAAACAACUCAAACUCGUCCCCAGAUCUUCUCGAUUAAAUGUUCAAUGAUCUGCAACUUUGCUGCUUUUUUGACGUCAUCGGUUCGAUAUGGUAAAAUUCUUCGAAAAUUUGUCAACAGUAGCUGGUUAUGAUGAUUUAUGUGUGUGAUUUUGGCCAAUCAGAAACAUUUCGAAUAAAUAAUAAUCAUUAAUAUUCAGUGUAAAAACUGUGAGAAAUUAUCUUAACCAUCUUUACAAUGCAUGUAUCACAAUUUGAAGGCAUUUCAGGUUAAAUUUAAGUUAAAAUUAGUGAAAGGAAAGAAAACCGUAUUGGGACAAUCACGUCAUAAUGAAUGCCCAAAAAGACCAUCUUAACACAAGAAUUGAGCUUGGCAACAGUGAUUUUCCAGAUCAGCGUAUUUUAGUUAGCAAGAAUAGCUGUGUUGCCAAAAAUCAGACAAAAAUGCCCGUGGGUGUCACAUUUUGGUUUCCUGUGUACCCGACUAUUAAGCAACUACGACGAAAAAGGCAGUGAAAACAUCACUUGCGUUCAUUUUCUCUUCAUCGCGUUUAUUUAGCCUCGCUUGGCUUGUUAAAUGUUUGGAGUUGAAUACUACAGGACGGCUUCCAAGAAGAGAAAGAAGAAUUCGUCGUGGUGUGUUCACGUCCUUCAUUAUGAAGUUUCACGUCGUAGUCUUGCAGUGGAAGUCAAUGGAAUGUACCGAAAAUAGUGAUGCAUGUGCAAAGCUGUUGUUUUGCUGAUAAAAUCAAAUGUUUUUGACGAUCUCAGUGACCUCGUCGUCGUGGUUGCUAAAGCUCCCUGUUAUCCGACAUAGACGACCGAAUAAUGCCUGGUUUAUGACUGAGCGUGUAAGCCCAGCAUAAGACUUCGAGUAGAUACCUCAGUAGUGCUGUAGAGCCUUUCAGGUGGAAUUAUUUUUAACCCAUUGACUUUUUACUCUUUAAGUACGCAGAGACGCUUCUCCAGGAUCAAGGGGUAAGUACAAAGUUCACUCCAACAUAAAGUAAGAGUAUUCUUUAUGGUUAAAUUAAAACAUUUGCAUGCUUGUAACAGAUAUUUUUGUUUUUGUUUUACCAGAGGGGAAGGUUAAACUCCCAUUUCUUUGUGGCAUGUAACCAAAGUCUCAUUUCACACCCAUCGUAGAACAUUCAAAAGCAAAGAGAGAGCUUUACUCUUACUUUCGAGCUAUGGAAGAAAUCUGUGUCAUGACCAAUUUGAUACCCUCAGGAUUGCUUCCUGAUUGACUUCAAAAUUAACAUUCUUACUGCUGAGAGUAUUCUAACUUCGCUCAACAAUGUGUACCUCAAAAUAUUGGUUUUGGGGGGAGGGGGUGGGCGUACACAGGGGGAGGGGAUAGGUAUGCCCACUGUUCAAAAAGGGGCCAUUUUAUAGAAGUAUCUCAACACUUGUCCCUCCUUGUAGCUUAGCGUUGAUAACAACAUAGGUUAGUUUUCUUUUAUAUCUUUUGAGUGAAAUGCGAGCGAAACUCACUGAACUCAUGCGUUUUGGAGUCUUUUCAUUAAAAGUACAUCACUGAAAUAACUUUAUUCCCUAACCAGAAUGGUUGAUGGCAAAGUCCCUCGACGAAAGCUCGAGUAUUGUGUUUUAGUCGAGUAAUUGUUUAGUUAGUCACCUCGUGGUGUGAUUAAGUCACCAACCUCAUAGUUGGCCGAGAUGUCACCUUGCUAUUUUUACCGAUUUACUUGCAGAAACUCAAAGGAAAGAACCUCCAGGCAAAGAUACGGGGGUAGAUUGUAACUUUCGGGUGAGCAAUGAGGUAGCCGUAGUAUUUCUAGUAGCUGUAGCAAUAGCUGUAGUAGUAAUAGCUGUAGUAUUACUAAUAGCGUAUUUGUACGACAAAAACAAGCUGGCUUCGUGUUCAGGCGCUUAGCAGUUAUAGCUUUAUUGUGAAAAGUGGAAGUCACCAUUCUUCCUAAGAUAAUACUACUUCAAAUAUUUUCUAGCUAGCGUUAGAAUUUUAAACCAAUAAAGUCGUCUCUUAUAUCGAUUGUAAUUAGUUGAAUAUUUCCCCUGGUAAUUUAUUGGGUUCUUGCGAGGAAAACCGGCCAAGAAUUUAAGCUCUGUUCAAACGAAGGGCAGAAGAUUUAAUUAAAAUGUUAUUGGCAUAAAAAACUUUACUUGUCUAAUGAUUCAAAGCAACAAUCACUUUAUUGAAAAUUAACGAUAAAUUAGUGUUGAAGCAAGGCUUUGAUGCACUAGAGACAAUCCUCUGAAGGGCAGCGAGAAUUAUAUGCAAUUUACCACGAGGCCUUUAUACAAAUAGAGUUUAGUCGCGGCACGACCAAGAAAUAGGGACAGUUUCAGAAAUGGAGUGAUUCCUUGUUUCGAUAGUUUUAAUAUCAAGAGCUCUAUCGCCCACAGAGGGGCAAUUGUAUGGACCAGCCUUACGAGUACACUAGAUGACAAUACUGCAAGUAACGCUAGACCUUUCACCCGGUUGUCGUAGGGGUCAAAAUCCCUUAAAUUUGUUAUUUAUGUUAUUAUGCUUUUAUUUACAUAACAUUUUAUUUUACCAGUUUGGAUUUUGUGUGUGUUAUACACGGCCAACAAGCUUGUAGCUUUAACUGUGACCGUGUUUAAAUGUUUAAAUAAAAUUUGUUUAUGUAAUUCGGCUGUACUACAAUGACAGAAAAUAUAUGGGAGAAAGUUUUCUAAAAACGGAUCAUGGACUUCCAUGCACUGCAGAUUUGGUGUAUUGUUUCUUUGUAUUCACGGCGUAAGUUACACGUAUCAAAGAGAAAGUGUAAAAUGUCUUAAUUGAGGAGGAAAUAGUUGGAAUUGAAUUCCGAUAGAAACUUUUAAAUUUCCCUUCAUCUUUCCCUACCCAUAGUGCAACUAUUAAGAGUGCGGACUCAUCUUUUUGGCGUACAAAACUUAUUUUACAACACUUCGCGACUAGUAAGAAUUUCGCUUUUAAUUAGUGCUCAUAAGAUAAAGUUUCAUUUUGCCUCGUUUUGUUAAGAAAAACAGAUCAAUUGCGGUAAAAAUUGACUUUGAUUUUGAGACGACAUUAUCGCUUAACAACAAAGAUUAGCUCCGUUCAUGAUAAAUUGAAAACUGUUGGUUUCAUCUUGGGAUUUAUUAAUAAAUAAUAAAAAAGACCCUACACAGCGAUAUUUGGGGAAGUGGGAAUUAUUAAGCACACAUAAUUGAACACAUUUUACGAUAAGAUCCCUAUUUUGCCUUCUGUAAGGUGUUCUUUAAAAAUGUAGGGAAAAUAUGUAAUCAUAUAUAGUAUUGGUUCCAUUUUGGGACUGAUUAGCCAACAAAAAUUCACCAGGGCCCAGUUGUUCGCACGCCGGUUAGCGCAAACGCAGGGUUAAAUUUUAACCAGGGUUUCUGUUUUUCUUCAUUUUUAUCAAAAGCACUUUCUCGGAUAAUUUCCUCCAUUCUUUUUAGAGUAUCCAAUCAUCAAAUUGAAGGCAAAGAGAAUUAA